UUGAACAUUUGUGAAAUCUGCUGUGCGGGGAAAAUAUAACUUCUUAUAAUUGAAAAAAUAAGUAGUGUUAAGAAAGUGAUGUCUGAUUAAAUAUUGAGCAAGUGAGCAAACCCUCGACGGUAACAAAGCUGGACAGUUUCUAAAAAUAGACCGUAAGAAUUGAUUUAUGAAAACUCCAUAGUUCGCAACAAUUGUACAUACAAUCUAUGUAUAAAUGUUUGAGAGAGUAGUUGAAAUGCUUGUGGUGUGAUUUCCGAUGUUUCGUCGGUGUGCGAUGACGCGGAGAAGGCAAAAGAAUAUGUGCGUCAGCUGGUGCGUGGCGGCGUCGCUCGUCAUCAACUGCGGGAUCAAAUGUUGAUAAAAUAAAUUUAUAGUAARAAUGGUAGCCACAUUUACCCUCAAGCUCCUAAAAUCACAAUGGCGCAGCUUUGCGAAUGCACAUCCAUUGGCCAGAGGUGUCAUUUCGUAUGCAGUAAUAUGGCCCACAAGCAGUCUCAUACAGCAAACAAUUGAGGGUAGAGAUCUCAAAACCUACGACUGGAUGCGUUGUCUGCGUUAUGGUGUGUUUGGCGCGCUAUAUGUGGCCCCCACAUUAUAUGGUUGGGUGCGUCUAAGCUCUGUCAUGUGGCCGCAAAUGAAUUUAAGAGUUGGUAUUACAAAAGCUGCCGUCGAACAGAUCUCAUAUGGCCCCUUCGCUGGUACCAGCUUCUUCUUUGUUAUGAGCUUAAUGGAAGGACGUAGCGUCGAAGAGGCUGUGCAAGAGGUCAAAGAUAAAUUCCCAAAAGCAUUCGAGGUUGGCAUUUGCAUCUGGCCUGUCAUUCAGACAAUAAAUUUCUCCAUGGUACCUGAGCAACAUCGUGUCGUUUUCGUUAGCAUCUGCAGUUUGGCUUGGACAACAUUUCUAGCUUAUGUGCAUACCAAAAAUGUUGACGAAGAAGAAAAUGAGAAACCCAGCAACGAGCCGAAGCUUUCACAGCAACCACCGUUAACACAAACAAUGUCAGCAACAACAACAACUAAUGAGAGCUUAGUUCUAAAAGUCAAACGUGCACUUGCGCUUUAAAUACAUUUUAAGUGUGUUAGCGGAAUUUAAUUGUAGAAGGAAUGGGGAAA